AUGAAAGUGAGAAGAUCGGGCUUUAUCUGUUUCCGUAUAUCUCCCUUGUUAUCAAUUACUAAGCUUAGAUAUAUAAUUAAAAGUUGGUCGUGUAUUUGUGGGAAAGAAAUGACAGAACACAAAACUCUCAUUACAAAGCAAACAUCAAUCUCUUUGUCUCUCUCCUCAAGAUGUCUAUAUAAAUAUCAAUCGACAAUUCUCGCCAUUCGAUUAUAUCUUUACAAUUCAUUUAUGAUUAGGAGUUUUAUACCCAAAUCUUAUACAUUCACACCCUUAGUCAAUAAAAGAUAUUCUUCAAUUUCAAAUAUGGUUUCUGCUCAAACUAAACAAAAAGUUGAACAAUUGAUCAAAGAAAAACCAAUUUUCAUUGCUUCUAAAUCUUAUUGUCCAUACUGUGCUCAAACUAAAAAGACGAUUGAAGCUUUGACCAAAGAUGCUUAUAUUAUUGAAUUAGAUGAAGAAGCUGAUGGUGGUGAAAUUCAAGAGGCUUUGGCUGAAUUGACUGGUCAAAAGACUGUACCAAAUGUUUUCAUUGGUGGUCAACAUAUUGGUGGUAACUCAGAUGUUCAACAAUUGAAAUCUGCUGAUCAAUUGGAGCCAAAGAUCAAAGCUGCUUUGUAA